CCGUCCGUUGUGAAAGUCAUUGAUUGUACCGGCGAAGCGCACAGUCGUGUGGGUUAUAGCUAGCUAGCUGUGUCUUAUAUCAACAUAUUUCUGUUAUCUCGUAUUUAAUCUAUAUGAAUGGACAAUUUGUAUUGUUUGAAUGUACUCGGAUAGGCGGGAAUCCAUUAAAAGACAUUUUGUUAUUAAGCUAACUUUCAGAGAGAGGGCGCGUGGUAAGAUAGCUGGAAUAGCUUCCCAGCCAAUAACAAAUCUUGGGUUAGCUACACAUUUUCUUAAUCAUUAGGGAAUAUUAACUUUAAUGGGCUGGCUAGCGCCCUUAUUGAAAGUAUUGAUGUAUGAUACGUAUGAUCGCUGAUUAACUCUACCAAGAACUAAAGCACCAGGCUAGCCAGUUAUAAAGCUUAAGUACUUUUUAAAAAUAUAGUUUAUUCGUUUUGUUGGAGUUUUAGGCAACUGGAAACAUUUAUCGAGUGGAGAAGUACCGUUACUUUGUAAUCAUGCUGCGACACGGUUUACAAAUGGCGAGGGGACUUUGUCAAUUAGUGAGUCAUAAAUUCUCAGUCGGUCUUCACAGAAACAUCAUGAAGCAUCUGCUUCCAAUCAAUGCUACAGGACACGCUUGGUCCCCCCUCCGGAAUAUUCGGGCAGUUACGCAGAUGGCGCCAUGGCCUUUCUCCUCCUCCCAGCCGCGUGAUUACAGUUUACCGAACGCCUCCUGGAGUGCAGAGAUGCAAAGACUGUAUGACCACUACAGCAGCAUGUGUGAAGUGGAGGCCGAAGGUGGUGAGAAAAAGAAAGGAGCCUGGAGAAGGCUUCCCAGCUACAACCGCACUCUCAAGUAUGCUACAGGGGGGCAGUGCCUGAGUAAGAUGCUGCAGGCCAAGGCCCGCCUCUUCACCCGAAAUAUAGAAGAGCAGGGAGCCGGGUUCGAGUAUGUGGUCUUCAUCAAUAAGGAGGAGAAGACCUGCGUUUGUGUAUUCCAGGCUGGGCAUCUGUUGGAGGGUCCUCCAGGGCACGUCCAUGGAGGAGCGAUAGCCACCAUCAUCGACUCUGUGACGGGCACUCACGCCACUUACGUUUCUGGACCCGUCAUGACUGCCAACCUCACCAUCAAUUACCGCAGCCCUGUCCCUCUAGGCAGCGUGGUCUUGGUUCAUUCUGCACUGGAGAAAGUGGAGGGACGGAAGACCUUCAUUUCCUGUCAGGUGACCAGUUCAGAUGGCACUAAGCUGCAUACAGAGGCCACAGGCUUGUUUGUGUCAAUCAAUGUGUCCCACCUGUUUGGGGCCUGAUGUGCAAAAGUCGUGCUGUAUGGACUUCAGCUACCACAGUAACCAAAUCACAUCAACAGAACAAACGUAAAAUGUGCCAGUUCAGGCCAGUAGACUGUACCAGUGUGCCUGUGUAAACAUUCUUGUUAUGAAUGACCAGUUCAGCAGGCAGCUUACCUCUACCAGUAUCAUGAAGUACCUAGUGUCUUUGCACUUGCACAGACUCAUUCUUGAUGCCUUAAGGAGUGACUCUAAUGUCUCUCUGUGCUGUUACAAACUUAUAUCCUGUUGAUAGUGGCAUCUUAUUUAAGAUUUCUUAAUAUCAAAGGUGUUUAAUGAAGG